UGUAGCCGUAAAUCGCCACACAACAACAACAUGCUGAAAGAAACGUAGUCUAGGUCAAAUGUAAAACCUCACUGGGUCAAAAUGAAGAGUUUAUUGCCCUAGGAGUAUCUGUUAUGGCUUUCUAUGUAAGCAUCGUGAACUGAACGCAGAUGUUGUAUGGCUUUUAUACAUCUUAUGGAAGUAUUUCGUGAACGAGGGAUCUGUCACGUAGCCAAUACAGUAGGACAUUGCCGCAUCAUAUGAGCCGUGCGGCAGACGACAGUGACAAUGUCAGCCCCAACUCUGUUGAUUUUAUAUGGGAGUCAGACGGGCACUGCCCAGGACACGGCCGAGCGGAUCGGACGACAGGCACAAAGAAGGCGAAUGCAAGUCAGGGUGGAGGCACUUGAUAUUUAUAAUGUGGCGAACCUCAUCUCUGAGACGCUGGUUGUGUUUGUGUGUUCCACCACUGGCCAAGGCGAUCCACCAGACAACAUGAAGAAUUUCUGGAGGUUUGUGUUUCGGAAGUCUUUGCCUGCUGGGUCUCUGUGUCGACUAGACUAUGCCGUCCUGGGUUUGGGUGACUCCUCAUAUCCCAGGUUCAACUUUGUGGCUAAGAAACUCCACAAGCGUCUAAUGCAGCUGGGGGCCAGUGUGCUGCUGCCUGUUGGCUUGGCGGAUGACCAGCAUGACCUGGGUGCAGAUGGAGUGAUUGACCCCUGGAUCACGUCCUUCUGGGAAAAAGUGCUGUCUCUAUAUCCACCACCUGCGGGCCAGAGCCCCAUCAGGGAUGAUGAACCGCUCCCUCCAAGGUACGUUUUCCAAUUUGUGGAUGACGUCACUGAGAAUGUGGCGGAUAGGCUAAGAGUGCCACAGCAGCCGAUUUCUCCUUCUCCGACACACCCCUUCCUGGCGAAGGUGGUGUUCAAUGAAAGGGUAACAAAGGCCUCCCACUUCCAGGAUGUACGACACAUUGAGUUUGACAUCACAGGCUCGAGUAUUGAGUUCACUGCUGGGGACGUAGUGUUGAUGCGGCCCUCAAACACCCGCGAGAACGUGGAGCAGUUCUGUCAGCUCCUGAGACUGGAUCCAGAUCGCCAGUUCACCCUCAGCCCCACCAACAGUGCCACAUGUUCCAUUCCGGCCCGUCUGGCCCAGCCCUGCACUGUGAGGUGCCUGGCGGAGACCUUCCUGGACAUUGCGGCGGUGCCCCGUCGCUCCUUCUUCGAGCUGCUCGCCACCUUUGCCACCGACGAGCGGGAGCGGGAGAAGCUGGCCGAGUUCAGUUCGGCCCAGGGCCAGGAUGAGCUGCACUCCUACUGCAACAGGCCGCGACGCACCGCCCUGGAGGUUUUGACAGACUUCCCCCACACCACGGCAGAGCUGAGCGUAGACUAUCUCCUGGACCUGUUCCCUGAGAUCCAGCCUCGGUCGUUCUCCAUUGCCUCCUCUCUGCAGGCACAUCCCAACCGGAUCCAGAUACUUCUAGCUGUAGUGCAAUACAAAACAAAGAUGUACUUACCACGCAAAGGCCUGUGCUCCUCCUGGCUCGCCUCGCUGGACCCGAGACUAGGGGACGUUUUUGUGCCUUUGUGGGUGAAGAAGGGGAGUAUGAAGUUCCCUAAGGACCCCGAAACCCCCGUGGUCAUGGUUGGGCCCGGGACCGGAGUGGCCCCGUUCAGGGCUGCUCUGCAGGAAAGGAUAGCCCAGGGAAAGACCGCCAAUGUGCUGUUCUUCGGCUGCCGCUCCCAGUCUAAGGACUUCUACUGCAGCGCGGAAUGGGAGGAGAUGGUGAAAGCAGGACAACUGACACUCUUCACAGCUUUCUCAAGGGACCAGGAAGACAAGAUUUAUGUCCAACAGCGUGUGAAAGAGCAAGCAGUGCUGCUAUGGGACCUUAUCGUCAAUAAGAACGCCUACUUUUACAUUGCAGGCAACGCCAAACAGAUGCCGACGGCAGUGUGUGAUGCCCUGAAGGAGGGCUUUCGGAGCCAGGGGGGCAUGUCCUCUUCCCAGGCGGACGAGAUGCUGGUGGCCAUGGAACGGGCAGGCCGAUUCCAGAGUGAGACCUGGUCCUGAACCUUGUACUGUAUAAUUAUACGUAUGCCGAUUCAAACAAGUGCAUUAGACCACUUGAAGCCUGCGUUUAGACUGGCCGCCCAAAGUGGAUCAUUCAUUCCACACUAAUGCCAAACAAAUGUAAUUAACUGUAUAACUGAUGCAUUUGUUUUAAAGUAAACAGAGCCACCAAAAUAAAAUAAAGAUAAAAUCCAAGUUGUGCCCCUUGUAAUAAAACUUUUGUCAAACACAUCACCGGCCUCAAAUACAUUCUGCUUUCUGGUAGCCAGUGGAGGAACAGGUCUAGUUUGAAGGCAAACACCAGAUGAACCCACUUGAAAUUUGAACAUGGCUCAUAUAGGAGGAAGAGGACCAGAAAGAGUCCACUUCCAGGCACCCCACUAAUCCACUAUAUUGGUGCUUGUGGCUGGAUAGCACCAUUAAUAGCAUGUUCCUGUUUAGUUUAUUUACUGUACAUAGGUCAGAUGAAUGGUUC